CACAGGAGAGUAUCUGCAGAAGUUGGUUCAAGAGGUAUUAGAAGAUUUUAAAAUUAAAAAGGAGAAUAUUUUGUGUAUUGUAACAGAUAAUGCUUCGAAUAUGUUAAAAAUAACUGAGAAAAUGAAUCAAGAUAAUGAGAUUCCAUUAGAAGACAUUCAUGAAAUAUUCUCCAUUGACACACAAAUCGAGCCUAUAAUAGAAAAAGAGGAAUAUUUAGAUGAUAUUGUGGAGGAAGCGUCCAAUAUGUUUCAAAUCCAGCAUAUGCGAUGUGCUGUUCACACGUUGCAAUUAGCAAUAAGAGAUGGAUUAAAAGACUCUCAGGUAGCUAAAAUCAUUACAAAAUUAAGACAAGUAGCUACUGUAGCUAGAACCCCUAAAAUAGAUGCUAUUCUGAGAAGGCGUGCUAGAAAAGGAAUUAUUUUAGAUUAAUCUACUCGCUGGGGAAGCACUUAUUUAAUGGUUAAGCGGUUGCUCGAAUUGAAAACCUUCCUUGAAGACCUUGACAAUCCAAGUGUUUUAUUAACUGAAAACCAAUGGAAACAAACAGAAAAAUUAGAGAGUGUCUUGUCAUACCCUUAUACUGUCACCUUAAAGUUACAAGCUGAAGAUUUGACACCUGGAAAUUUUUUCUUACAGUGGAAAACAUUGAUGCAUCAGCUCGACAAAACUGGAGGAAUUGUUGCUAAUGCGAUUUUAUCUUCAAUGAGAAAAAGAGAGAUUCAGUUGUUAGACAAUAAAAUCUUGUUAGCCGCUAUUUACGUUGAUCCAAUGAAUCGAAUUUUACUAAAUGACAAUCAAAUUGCCUCAGGGAAAGAAAAGCUUCGUGAAAUUGCUAUUCGCUUGAAAAAGUUGCCGUUACCUUACAUUUAUAAAUCAAAAGAUGAAAAUAAAAAUAAUGAAUGUAAUGACAACUCGGAAUCAUCAUCUCCAAAAAAAGAGCUUGAUUUCGAAGCAUAUUUGGAUAGUUUAGAACGUCUCAAAGUGAAGCGAAGACGUUUAACGAAUCAAGAAACUAACCCGGCAGAAAUUGAAAAAAUAAAAUUUGAACAAAAUUUUUUAAAUGGGCUAAUUGAAAUAGAAAAGUAUGACCGUUUAUCAAAAUUGAACGUAGAAGAAGCUAUUUCAAUUUAUCCAGAAAUUAUUCGCGAUGCAGCUAGAUCUGUCACAGCAAUGCCCCCAACACAAGUCAGUGUGGAAAGAUUAUUUUCAGCUUUGAAAAUAAUUAAAGCUGAUUUAAGGGCAUCUAUGAAAGAAGAUUUAAUUGAAGCUAUUUUGUUUCUUAGAACCAUUUUAUAAAAUUCAAAAUUAUAAAUGUAAUUUAGUUUUUUUUUUAU